UCAAAACCCGCAAAAUGAGAAGGAAACCCGAAAUCCUGCGCUUGUUCUCCUGAAUCCUCCUGCGCCGUGCUUCCGCCGCACGCCGCCGCCGAACCCCGCCGGUCUCCGCCGCCGCAGCCCGCCGGUCCCUCCGUCCGUCCAUAACCUGAAGGAAAUUCGAGGGAUGGACGUGAUCUCCCAGCUGCAGGAGCAAGUCAACACGGUCGCGUCGGUCGCCUUCAACACCUUCGGCUCGCUGCAGAGGGACGCGCCCUCCGUGCGGCUCUCCGCGAGUUACCCCGAACCGCCCCCGACCGCCGCGGAGGACGCGUCCAGCUUCGCCGAGCAGCCCAAGCUGAUGAGUGCUGCUCUUGUCAAAGCCGCCAAGCAGGUUCUUCUAUCGGAACUCUUUUUCUUCUUUGAUGCCUUAGUAGCGGGACUUCCACUGCCUGAGGGAGGUGAAGAAGCUCAACUCAAAAGGAUUGCAGACCUCCAGGCUGAGAAUGAUGCUGUAGGACAAGAGCUUCAGAAGCAACUUGAAGCUGCCGAGAAGGAAUUGAAGCUGGUCCAGGAGCUAUUCAGCCAGGCAACAGAUAACUGCUUCAAUUUGAAGAAACCAGAAUAAAAAUUGAGGACGCUUCUCUUCUUUACCUUUUUCAUAAAAUUUAUGCAGUAGAGAUGAUGACUGAGAGAAUAGGCAUUCUACCGUUCGAAUAGUGCAAAGAGACCUGAGAUGUCGCAGCUCUGUGUGGGUGAGUUUUGAAGUCCUUGCCGAGUAAAAGUUUCUCAGUGCACAAAAAGCAUCAAUAUGGGCAUCAAGUCAACCAAACAAUCACUCAAAUGAAGUAGUUCUGGUGAAGUAAGAAGUCUAGUCUUGAAUCUUUAAUUGCAAAAACAAACUGUAAUGUUACAUUAGCAAUGGAAAGUUCUCUGUUUUGUUGUUCACCUUCCUUC